GUCAGUGAUAUUUGGAAAUAAUGUUCAGUUUCGAAUGAUAAUAAUACCUGACACUGCACAGUUAGAGGAGCCGGUAACGAAAUGCUUACAAGAUAUAUGUUAUUCGACGUAUUAUGUAUUUUAAUUGCGUGUUUAUUAAAUGGCGCAACAGCGGCACAAAUAAUAAAAGCACGUCAAGGCAGCUACAAUUUAGAUAUCAGUGGUUGUGGUCCAAUUGAAAAGAAAUGCCAAGUCUCUGAGGAUAGCCUCGAGAUUUUAUCGUGUGCACUAAACAAUAGCCACAUUAUCAAAUCUCAGGUCCCGUUUACGUGCCAGCACAGAAUAUGGAGCCAUCAGGCGGAGCUCUUAGAUAACAAUCUCCUUGAUUACAAACUAAGGGAAUCAUGUCAGGAUGAACCAACAAUACUGGAAUGUUUGAAACCUGAAGAGUAUGCCAUAGACUGCGUGUUAAAAAAGAAACCAAUAGUCAAGAAUAGGAUUUGUUGGCGAAUGAUUAAUAAAAUCGAGUCUUUAAUCUUCAAUGACUGGCAGCUAAUUAAUAAUUUCUUGAAGAGUUGUUUUGAUGACAUUCAAGCUCAUACUUGUGGCCGGAUUCCACCAGAUUCCAGGAUCCUUUCCCAGACUCAGACUUUGAAAUGUCUUCAAGGUAAAGAACUACAUCUGAAGCCUGAAUGUCAGUCUGAAAUUGCAGUGUUAAAUGAAUUGAAAUACUCUUCACUUGCAUUGGAUAAAAUUGUGUUUGCUGCUUGUCAUGUGGAUCAGUCAAUAUUUUGCCCUGAUGAAGUUCCAGCUUCAUGGCGGAUGUACAAAUGCCUUUUACACCAUAAGUACGAAAACUCUAUGUCAAAAACCUGCCAAGAUCUACUAUUCUAUGACCAAAGAAGCGUGAUUAUGAAUUACAAAAUGAGUAAAGGCAUGGUAAAGUCCUGUAAAGAAGAUAUUAGGAAAUAUCGCUGUCGAAAAGGAAUAGUUGAGGACAAGGAUGUGAGACUUGCACAAAUUUUGCUUUGUUUAGAGAAUGUGUCAAGAGAUGAUGCCUCAAAAAUUUCCCAAAACUGCCUGGAUGAAAUGAAUGAUCACAGGAGAAUGCUUAUGAAUGAUUAUAGACUGUCUCCAGAGUUGAUGCAGAACUGUGCUAAUGACAUCACUAAUUUCUGCAAAAGUGUAGAAACAGGUGGUAAAACAAUACACUGCUUGAUGGAUCAUGCCAGACCUAGAAAACGAAAGGAGAAACGAAUUAGUAUUGCUUGUCAAAAAUCUCUCGAGUUGUUAGUACAAGAGGCAGAUCCAGGUGAAGACUGGAGAGUAGACCCUAUAUUGAGAAAUGCUUGUAAACCCGUAGUAGAUAAGGCUUGCAGAAAAGUCAUUGGGGGCAGUGGGAGAGUCAUGUCAUGUCUAAUGGAAAGACUUGGAACAGACCUUAUGAAUCCAGAUUGUGAAAAUGCAUUAUUACAAAUACAGUACUUUAUAUCCAGAGAUUUUAAGCUCGAUCCACAACUGUAUAAGGCUUGCAGGUACGAUGCAGUCACUAAUUGCAAAGCUAAGUUGCAAUGGGCUGAUGCCAGUGAACACCAGUCAGAUAAGGACCCUUUAAUUUUGCCAUGUUUAUACAAUUUUGCUUAUAAUUCAAAACACAGAGGUAUUCUGCAACCGGCUUGUGAACAACAAGUUAAAAGAGUUAUGAGGCAAAGAGCUGUGAGUGUAGAUUUAUUGCCAGAGAUUGAAGAUACUUGUAUUGACAACUUAGCAAAUCUAUGUUUUGAGAAUACAGGCAAAGGAGAAGAAAUACAAUGUUUACAGAAUAAGAUACGAGUACUCUCUCCCAAGUGUAAAGAAAUUGUAACCAACUUUACUGAAACUCAGAGUGGUCACAUUGAGCUCAAUGCUGUUGUGAACUCAAACUGCAGACUUCCAAUUGAGAGACUAUGUUCUACAGAGCUGAAAAGUAAAAAAGAGGAAGAUGAUGUAUUAGAAUGCUUGAUUUUGCACAAGAACAAUCCUGAGAUAAAAUCAAAACCGAAAUGUCGAGCUGCAAUUGAGCAUGAACAAUUAAUUUCAUUAAAGAAUUACAGGUUCACAAGAAAAUUUAAGUACGCUUGCAGAUCGUAUGUUGUAAAAUUUUGUCCUAGGGCACAAACCAAAAGUCAAGUAGUUACGUGUUUGAGUGAGAUAGUAAGAAAUGAUACUAUUAAUAAGAGAAAGCACACAAUAUUUAAGGACUGCAGACAGCAGCUGCGAAGCCAACUUUUCCAGCAAAAUGAAAACAUUGAUUUGGACCCAGAACUUAGUGUAGCUUGUAAGGAAGAUUUGUCCUUAUACUGUCCAAAUGUCCCACAUGGCGAGUCAGCAGCACUGGAAUGUUUGCAAACUGCUUCCGGAAAACUAAGUAAAGCAUGUAAAAGAGCCAUUUUUAUAGUAAGGAAACAAGAGUUCACUGACAAUGCCAUUGAUUAUCACUUAAUCACUAGCUGUAAUCAUAUGAUAGACAUGUACUGCCACAAUAUUGAGUCAACUAAAGUACUUGAUUGUUUGAAGACACAUAGACAAAAAUCAGAUUUUGAUGAAAACUGUAACAUUGUAAUAGUGAAUAGGAUGAUCGAACAAAACUCGGAUUACCGUUUCAAUAAUAAUUUGCAAAGUUUUUGCAACUAUGACAUUAGGACAUUUUGUUCCAAAAUAAUUGCCAAUGAACCUCAAGAUGUAGAGCUUCAAGGUAAAGUGCUACAAUGCUUAAAAGUAAAAUUCAAAGAAAAUAAGCUGACUACUGCUUGCGAAAAUGAACUAGCAAAUGUACUAAAAGAACAAGCUUUGAAUUACCGCCUGGAUCCUUUGUUGGGAAAGCUGUGUAAUGCAGAGAUUCAAACAAUAUGUGCUGUGCCAAAUGAUUCUAUCACCAAUUCAGAUGGACAGGUGCAAGAAUGCCUCAAAACUGCUCUCCUUGAACACAGAAUUGUAUCAGCCGAGUGUGCUCGUGAAGUUGUACAGAUCAUUGAAGAAACUGAGAUAGACAUUGAAGCUGAUCCACUAUUAGAACGUGCUUGUGCUUUGGAUUUACUAAAAUAUUGCAAGGAUUUACAACAUGGAGCUGGCAGGCGUUUGAAAUGUCUCAAAAUAAUUUUGAAUGAUGGUACCAGAAAGCUAGAACCAGAGUGUGCAAAAGAACUCUCUAGUAGAUUAGAAAUGUAUAGAUAUGUAGCCGCAGUGAAUGAAAUAGAAGGCUUGAGUGACAUGUACAACAAACUCUCAUCAUCACCAUCAAAGAAAUAUAUUUUAGUUGUAAUGAUCUCUAUGACAGGUUUAAUUUUUAUAAUGGGUUUAUAUUGUGGUUGCUUGACAAAAAGGUCUAUGUAUGUUAGGAAAAAAUAGAACAAAUUAUCUCUUUAUAUAUCAAUCUGUAAUUUAAGUAAAAUCAAUUAAAUAUUGUAA